UCUUGACAGUCAGUUGGAGUAGACGCGAAAAUAUCCUGACCUCGGCAGCUGCAGCUUCAGCCGCGGAUGCCGUUCCUCCCCGAAACACACGUUUCAUAUCGCCCGCAUCUUAAAAGUCAUCGUUGUUCGCGUUCAACUUCGAAUUGACAAGUUGACGGGCAAACAAUGGCACAAGGGACGAUCGUCACGGAUGGCGACGAGGCGCCCGAAGUCCUCCAGGUCCUGGCCGGCGAGAAACAAGCCGAGGAGGAGCUGGAGAAGAAGGAGAACGGGGACAGCCAGGUGAGCGUCCCCGAGCAAAGCGCCGAGUCCACGUUUGUCCCCCCGGAGGGCGGCUGGGGAUGGGUGGUCAUGCUGGCUGCCAUGUGGUGCAACGGCUCGGUGUUCGGGAUCCAGAACGCCUUCGGGAUCCUCUUCCUGUCCCUGCUGCGGGAGUUCGGCUCCGAGCACGACGACGACCUCCGCUUCAGGACAGCAUGGGUGGGCUCCCUCUCCAUGGGGAUGAUCUUCCUCUGCUCACCCAUCGUAAGCAUCUUCACAGAUAUUCUCGGAUGCAGAGUUACUGCCGUGGGUGGAGCUGCCGUCGGCUUGGUCGGCCUCCUGGCCAGCUCUUUUGUCACGUCUCUAGGCCCCAUGUACUUCACCUAUGGCAUUGUGUUUUCCUGUGGCUGCUCCUUUGCCUACCAGCCCAGCCUGGUCAUCUUGGGCCACUACUUUAAGAAGCGUCUCGGCUUGGUGAACGGUAUUGUGACUGCUGGCAGCAGCCUAUUCACAAUCAGCCUUCCCUUUUUGCUGUCCAGCCUGCUGGACAGACUGGGCCUCCAGAACACCAUGCGUGUCCUGUGCAUCUUCAUGUUUCUGCUCAUGUUGGCCGGCUUCACCUAUAAGCCUCUGCUGCCACGCAAGCCCAGAAGCACACGUGGUGGUUGUCCGCCCAUUAGCCAGUUGUUCAGCGUCAACAUUUGGAAAUCCGUGGGAUAUCGCAUAUGGGCUUUCGGCAUCCCAGCAGCCCUUUAUGGCUACUUUGUGCCUUACGUUCAUCUGAUGAAGUAUGUGGAGGAGCGCUUUGGGGAGGAUUCCAAUAAAGAAAUUCUGCUCAUGUGCAUUGGCAUCACGUCCAGUGUUGGGCGACUCAUCUUUGGCAGAGUUGCUGACUACGUCCAAGGAGUCAACAAAGUCUACCUGCAGGUGACUUCCUUCUUCGUUAUUGGCCUUUUGUCUAUGAUGAUCCCGCUUUCCAACGUCUUCGGCGGACUGAUCGCAGUGUGCCUCCUCAUGGGGAUCUUUGACGGCUGCUUCAUCUGCAUCAUGGCUCCCAUCGCCUUUGAAUUGGUCAGAGCCGAGGAUGUGUCCCAGGCCAUCGGCUUUCUCCUGGGCCUGAUGUCUGUGCCCAUGACUGUGGGACCCCCAAUCGCAGGCUUCCUCAGGGACAGACUCGGAAACUACAACUUGGCUUUCUACCUGGCAGGCAUCCCCCCACUCAUUGGAGGGUCUAUCCUGUGCCUGAUCCCCUGGGUGGAGGCCAGGAGCAAGAAAGCGAAAGAGGAAGCGCUCAAGGAUGUCAACCAAAAGAUGUUGGAGCACGACAAGCCUCCAGAAGAUGCACAAUUCAAAGCUGGAGAGUCUAUCCUCUAAUUGCCCCCCCCCCACCUCCCGCCAGACCCCCCCCCCCCCCCCCUACCCCCACACCCCCUCGCUAAACUGUGACACAACAGGGUCUGACUAAGACAGUUUGUGUGUGAUCAGUAAGGAUCCUAAUGAGUGCCUUGAGUAGCAGGUCUGAAAAUGCCAAAGUGAGGAAACAGUAAGAGGUUGAAGGACUUUAACUUAUUCACUGCCGGCCCUCCCAGCGAAGAGGGAUAUUUGACGUCUAACGCCGUCAAUGGCAGUGAUUUAAUUGAACAUGAAUGUGAUCGCGAGGAACUAUGCAAUGAAAUGUGAAGUCUUAACAAUCUGGAAAACCAAUGUUGUCUUGAAGGGAAUCCAAAAGGAAGCGGCGUGAUAGCUGACAGAUUUAGCCAUCCAUUUUCCACUCUUGUUGAAGACAAGAUGGCACACUAAAGGGAAAUCCCUGUUUCAACACACUCAUAUAUUUUUGGACAGUAACACCAAAGUACAUUUAAGAUUUGAUGAUAUAGGAAAGCAGUGGUUUGUGAGAAAUGAAUUUGCCUUGCAUUACCAUAUUGAUGUCCUCUAAUCGACUUGGGAUUCAGCUAAAACUUCAACAGGGUUUCCUCAUGAUUUUUUUUCAGUUUAUAAACCAAAUGAAAAUGUGGUUCUUACAUUAUAACAUCUACGGCCAUCACAUCACCACCCUCCUCCUAACUAGCAAUCUGACAAUGUAGAACACAGAAGACAUGAAUUUACUGCAACAAAUGUUGGGAGUAAAAUUCCUUACUUCUUCGUCAUGUCCUUAAGCCGCACACGCGUUGCUGCCGCGGGUUCUUUGCGCGCACAUUUCAUACGCUCGAGACCGAGUGUAGUUUGCGAUUCGGCAAUAACUCAAGAGUGUAUAGGUUGUAACAAAGUCCGGGUUCGAAACAAAACAGGUGAAUGACCUCAUAAAAGGACCACUUUACCAAAGUAGUAUUUUUAACCUGAGGCGAGAAAACAAUCAGAGGACACGUGUUUGACGAAUUAUUGACUAAGGGCACAUUCUCCCAUUUGCGUAAGGGGGGGGGUACGUAUUUGGCCGCUUUUUCUGGCUGUGCAAAUUCUCCCACGGACUUAAAUCUGUCAUUUGAUGAACCUUCAUGCCAGAUGCGCGCUCUUGCGUGGCACAACCCUGAAAUCUGGGUGUUCCCCGUCAAGUCGGCCAUCGUGCGUAUUCUUCCAUUGGCAUACACACGUUUCCUCCUUUAUAUUGACUUGAAGGUUCAGCUCUCCAGGCAGGCCAAAGAUCCCCAUGCCUGACCGGUGCUUAUUAGAGUAAGCUAAUUGAUUUCAUAAAUCAAGAGGAGGGGGCUUUUUGAAGAGAAACAAGCGCACCUCGGGCUCCAGCCUCUCACUAAUUACGACAACGGCAUUCAGUCUCAUGGUGAGUUAUUGGUGUGUCAUUUGUUUUUAUUUGUACGAAUGCCGGUCUGACAAAACACAGCGGCUGAAAUAAGUAUUUAACAUAUCACCAUUUUUUUCUCACUAAAUGUACUUCUUGUCAACGUGCAAUCCAGUUGGUGGCGCAAAAAUAGGUUAGGGAAUGCUGAUCUAGAGCAUGGUAGGUCCACGCUCUUUUGUUGGACCGCCACACGCAUUCAGUCGUGAGCACAGUAUUUUGAUUAAAUGACUUGUAUUGGAUUUAUUUCAUACACAAUAAAAGGCAUGCUCUCCUUCAAAGUGUAAGUGUAGCCAGAGCGGUCGGUCCACGUGUCCUGACCACACACUACCCCUUACAUAUGGCUUUUGAAAAUGUACAGUCAUUUCCGGACAACUUCUGUUGCCAAUGAAUCGCGCCUCUUCGGUGUGUCCAAGUUCAUUGAUAUGGGUGUGUCAGUUUAAUGGGAGAAUAGGCAAAAAUGAAAAGUGCGCAAAGCCAGGUAUUUCAAAAAGGACUUAUGCGCAGAUGGGAGUAUUUGCCCCCGAGUGACCUCAAGGUCACGUUUGGUCAAAUGAACGAUGAGCUCAAUGUGUAGUUUACUAUACGUCAGUGUGAGACAUGUUUUUAUUUAUUUCAUGUUCUUGUGCAAAACGUCAUGCUGUAUAGAUUGGCUUAUUUACUGGAGGCUGUGCUUUAACGAGUGAACAUAAUCUCAAUGACCACAUGAAAUACCAAUCAGGCAAUCAUUAUUAUUAUUAUUAUUAUCAUUUUGUUAUUAGGUGUUAUUAUUAUUAUUAUUAUUCUUUUCUUCACAGAUCCGUGACACACAUUACCUCAGACGUGAAAAGUAGGAACUGUACGUGCUGACGUGGCCGUCCAUACAUCAGAGGCACUUUUCAUGUUUCGGUGUCUGCGUGACACGCCACUCGAAACCACUGAGUCUUAGAAAUGAACCCAACCAAGUCUGAAAUCUUACAUUGUAGUGUUUACAUAUGCCGAACAUUGUCGUGUCGUACCAUUGUUUUUAUCAUGGUCGUUACCUCUCUAUUCAGGUCAGGCAUAUCCUUUGUGCGCAUGACCAAUCAGACAACUUGUUCAAUUGCUGAACGUGUGCCCCUGCAAUCACUUUGCCAUACUCCUUUACACACAGGCGCAUAAUCAUAAUUUUUCCCAAACCUCGACAUAGGAAUCCGUGGCGCCCAAAGAGAAAAUAGGAGUGUGAAAUGCAUAUAUUUUGAUUUUUCUCUGCAGAGUUUAUUUACAAAGUGCCUUAUCAACAUGCCUUAACUUUUCAUGUCCCAUGUUUUUGUUUGUUUUGUGUCCUCAGACAGGUUACGCUUACCUGCUUCAUGAUUGGCAUGUCAUUGCUGAUGUGUUUUUCCUCUCUUUGCAUCCUAACGUGUAGCCACUAUCAUCAGUGCAUGUGUGCAUUUUGGACUCGCUUCGAGUAGAUAUGAAGCCAGCGAAGGAUGUCUCUUGUAUCUUUCAAAUUUGACUUAUUUGCGUUGUGCUAGGUUAUGUCCGUCCAAAUUCCAAAUACCAUUGUAAUGUUAUCCGUCGGAGGAUAAUGUCACAUUGAAAUCCAUUGUAUGGGAAUUGUCAUGUGCAAUUAAAAAAAAACCAA